AUGCCGGGAGAUGAGCUGGGUCCAAAAGUAGAAGCUGCCGCAUAUUCUGCUUACGCUACCUCCAACACCUAUCCCAAAACCAUCCUCCAUCAUCCUCCCACCCCCUUCCCCGAAAUUUCAAAUCUUACCAUGGCACAAAUAACCACCGACCUGCUUGAAUGGGACUCGGCCGCCUGUUCAUUCAGGAGGUGGUGA